AUGUCCGAGAUUUCAUUAUGUCCGGGACCUUUUGUCCCAUUAAUGAUGGCCAUAUCACAUGUUAAUUCUGGACAAAAGAUAUCUAAUAUCGGUCCAUGUCCCAACUGUCCUGCGGAAACAGUUCCGUACUCUGGUG